GGCAGGAGGAAGGAACAGCUGCCUGUGUGUGAGACAGAGAGAGACAGACAGAGAGCAGGGAGGGCUCUGGCCACAUCUGUCUGAGGCUUAAGGAAGGAAGGAGAAGAGAAGAGAAAUGAGCUGAGUGAGCAAGGACGUGGCUGGGAAGUCAGAGGGACUUAGAACAUUUUCCCCAUAGACCCAGGUCCCAGCAAAGCCGCAGAGUCUGAGAAACCUUUGGGGCCAGAAGAAACUCCUCUCUCCCAGCAUCCUUCUCCCACCCUUCGAGCUGGGAUCCCUGAGGCAUGGAGGAGCAGCUGGACUGGGCAGCCUAUGGCGAGAACCAGACGGGCGACUGUGAGUACGAGGAAUGGAGCCCGUCCCUGGUGCUCCUCCCCACCAUCUAUCUGCUGGUUUUCCUGCUGGGCACCACAGGCAAUGGCUUGGUGCUAUGGACCAUCUUCCGGGGAGGGCAGGAGAAGCGGCGCUCGGCCGACACCUUCAUUGCCAACCUAGCCAUGGCUGACCUGACCUUUGUAGUGACCCUGCCACUUUGGGCUGCCUAUGCCUGGCUGGGAUACGACUGGCCCUUCGGCUCCUUCACAUGUAAGCUCAGCAGCUACUUGAUCUUCGUCAACAUGCACGCCAGCGUCUUCUGCCUGAUGGGCCUCAGCAUUGAUCGCUACUUGGCCAUCGUGCGGCCCAUGGCUAAUGCCAAGCUGAGGUGGAGGGCCAGUGGGCUGGUGGCCACCAUUGUCCUCUGGGCCUUGGCGGCCAUUUUUGCCUUGCCAGCCAUGAUCCUCCGGCAGGCAGCGGUGCUACCGGGAGAAACCAAAGUGACGUGCUAUAUGGACUACUCAGGCGUGGUGGCCAAUGGGACUGAGGGGGCAUGGGAGGCGGGGCUGGGCCUGUCCUCCACCAUGCUGGGCUUCGUGAUCCCCUUUGUCGUCAUGCUGACCUGCUACUUCUUCAUCGCCCGCACCAUCGCCGACCACUUCCGGAAGGAGCGCGGCGAGGAGCUGAGGAAGAGGAAGCGACUGCUGAGCAUCAUCAUCGUGCUGGUGGCCACCUUUGCCCUCUGUUGGCUACCCUACCACCUGGUGAAGACCAUCUACGUGCUGAUGGACCUGGAGGUGAUUCCCUGGUCCUGCGGCUUCCAUGCCUUCCUCAAUAACUUGCACCCCUACUGCACCUGUGUGGCCUACAUCAACAGCUGCCUCAACCCCUUCCUCUAUGCCUUCUUUGACCCUCGCUUCCGGCAGGCCUGUGCCGCUGUCCUGUGUUGCAGCAGGGGGCGCUGGCCCGGGUCCAGCAAGGACAAGUCAGCCAGCUACUCCUCUACCCACAGUCAGAACCUGCAGGGAAAGGGUGGGGAGCUGCCACAGGAGAAACUGGGUCCAGGCAGGCAGGAAACUCUGCUCCGAGGCUAA